CUUCCGGUUGGUCGCCAUUUUGUUUUUCACCGUUAGCCAAGGGCGCUGCUGCGGGACCGGUUUUUUCGCCGCGAUGUUGCCCUGGGCCGGCGCCGCGCUGGGCCGCACGGCUCGGGACAUUUGGAGGAUUUCAGCAAGACAGGUUCAUCAGAAACAUGAACCUGACUUUCAUGAUAAAUAUGGAAACAUGGUGCUAAUUGGUGGAACUGUAUUUUGCCUCGCUGUGUGGACAUACGCGGCAACACAAAUUGGAAUAGAGUGGAAUUUGUCACCAGUUGGCAGAGUCACUCCAAAGGAAUGGAGAGAAGACUAGCUUUUGAUUUACAGUGAUUAAAACCCUGAACUGGUGUGGAUUUUCCAUUAAAACAUGCUUAUGUCAUAUGUGUAAUUGCAUCCGUUUACUGAUUGCCAUGUACCUCAUGGCAUUACUGGUAUAAUAAAUGCAUUAAACUCCUGUUUCAUCUA